CACGCUAUAAAGGCCAGUGCCCGGUGGAGCGCGCAGCCUUUAGCCAGGACGGGUGGGAAGUCUGAGCCCAGGUGCCUGUGCUACCUGGUGGAGCUUUUUCCCUUCUGGUUCCCUCACCUGCCCGCCGUCCCCUGAUCCUGCUGUCUGCCACGCCCCAGCACUCCCGGUAACCUCAUGGCUGCAACCUGUGAAAUCAGCAACGUUUUCAGCAACUACUUCAACACCAUGUAUAGUUCGGAGGAUCCCCCCCAAGCCCCUGUACCCUCUGCUGCUGCCCCCUUUGGGGCUAACGAUCUGGUGGUGACUCUGAACAACCAGCAGAUGCCGCUGGAGAGCACAGAGAAGGCCAGCUGGUCGGGGGAGCCACCCCAGCUGUGGUCGAAGGCACAGGUACUGGACUGGAUCAGCUACCAGGUGGAGAAGAACAAGUACGACGCCAGCACCAUCGACUUCUCGCGCUGCGACAUGGAUGGGGCCACGCUCUGCAACUGCGCCCCUGAGGAGCUGCGGCUGGUCUUUGGGCCCCUGGCGGACCAGCUCCACUCCCAGCUGUGGGACCUCACAUCCAAUGUCACUGAUGAGCUCAGCUGGAUCAUUGAGCUGUUGGAGAAGGACUGCGUGGCCUUCCAGGAGACUCUGGGGGACCCUGGCUCCUUUGACCAGGGCAGUCCCUUCGUCCCGGAGGUGCUGGAUGAUGGCCGGCAACCCAGCCCCUACUACCCAGGCAGCUAUGGCUCUGGGACCCCUUCCCCAGGCAGCUCAGAUGUCUCCAUCACAGGGACAGGCACCCCUCAGAGCUCCCACUCCUCAGAUUCGGGGAGCAGCGAUGUGGACCUGGAUCCAAGCGACGGCAAGCUGUUUCCCAGCGACGGCUUCCUAGACUACAAGAAGGGGGAACCCAAGCAUGGGAAGCGGAAACGGGGGCGGCCCCGAAAGCUGAGCAAAGAGUCCCGAGAGUGCCUGGAGGGCAAGAAGAGCAAGCACGCCCCCAGAGGCACCCACCUGUGGGAGUUCAUCCGGGACAUCCUCAUCCACCCCGAGCUCAACGAGGGCCUCAUGAAGUGGGAGAACCGGCAGGAGGGCAUCUUCAAGUUCCUGCGCUCCGAGGCUGUGGCCCAGCUCUGGGGCCAGAAGAAAAAGAACAACAGCAUGACCUAUGAGAAGCUGAGCCGGGCCAUGAGGUACUACUACAAACGGGAAAUACUGGAGCGUGUGGAUGGCCGGCGGCUCGUCUACAAGUUUGGCAAGAACUCGAGUGGCUGGAGGGAGGAAGAAAUCUCUGGCAGUCGGAGCUGAGGGUCCAGAGGAGACCCAGGACCAAAUGCACGGCUGUGAGGCCUGCAGCCCCUCUGGGGACACCGCCCAGCCUGCCAAGCUCUGAGCACGGCCCUGCCAUGCUGUGGAGAGAAACUGAGCCUCUGGGACCUUGUCACCGCCAGCCUGGGAUCCAGGGCCUGUGGCCUGUCCUCUCUACCCUCCUAUUGGAAUUACAAGCCCUGAGUUGGAAGUGACCAGUCCUCUGGCAGUGGACGCCUCGGCCCUGAACAGUUCUUCCUGCAGGUGCCCCACAGAA